GGACGCCGGGCGCGCUCGCGAGGGCGAGGGCGCCGCUGCCAGCCUCGGCGCGGCGUCGCCAGGCACCCGGCGGGGCGCCUCGGCCGAGCCGCCGGGCUCCGAACGGCCACUAAGCAAAACGCCGGCGGCCGCUGUGGCGGUGGAGGGGAGCGCCGAGCGGCCGUCGACCAAGGCGCCCGGGGCGACGCGGCACCCACGCCGGCACCUUGGCAAGGGGAGCCGCGACGACAGUUUCUUGUCCACGAUCACGGAGAGCAGCGAGUCUUCCUCGACGAACACUGGGGAUUCCAAGGUGAUGGCACACGACGGCAGCCGCAUCGAGGUGUUCUCGGAGGCCGACAGGCACGAGGCCUCUGGCGGGGUGCUCGCAGACUUCCGCCAGCUCUCCGCGGAGGUGGGCGAGCAGAUGCAGCAGCGGCUUCGGACGUGGGGCUGGGAGAAGCCGCUGGCCAUGCAGCGGCGCGUGCUGCCGCUGGUGAUGGGCAUCCUGCGGCAGGACGAGCAGAAGAGUUUCGUCACCGUCCAAGGCGCGCCGCAGUGCGGCAAGACGUCGGCGCUGGUCCUGGGGCUGCUCGGGGCGAUCGGGAUCCAGGGCCCUCCCGGGCUGCGGGCCGUGGUGCUGUCCACGAGCACGUCGGGUGACUUCAGGAAGUAUUUCGGCAUAUGCGGCGACAUCCACCCCGCGCGGCUCGCCUGCUUCAAUGGUGGCGGCCGCCGUGUCACCUUCGAGGGCCUGCCUCCAGAGCCCGACGAGGCCCUGAAGGGCACGGACCCUGUGGAGGACCUUCGCCAGCUCUCCGCCACGCUGGGCGCCGGAGAGGCGCCCGCAGUGCUGUUCGGGCACCCGGCGAGGCUGCUGCCGCUGCUACGGGAGGCGCCCUCGUGGGGCGUGGACCUGAGCGGCAUCCAGAUUUUGGCGCUGGACGACGCCGAGGAGACGAUACGGCUGGGUUUCAUGGACGAGGUGUGCGAGGUGUGCACGAUCCUGCGCCACUUCUCCCGGCAGAGGCUGCGUCACGUGGUGCUUUCCGAGGUGCUGACCCACGAGGCCAAGUCGAUGGUCCGCUGCCUGCGGAACUCCCUGUUGCGCCAGCAGAACCUUUUCGGCAUCAGGGCGCACCUGACGCAGGCGCGCGCACGCAGCGUGAACCACUACUACGCCGUCGCGCCCCGCGCCCGGUGGCCCGUAGCCCUGGCGGCGCUGCACCACACGCUGGCGCUACCCAGCGGCAUCAUCUUCGACGACGAGUCGCCCGAGGAGCGCGCCAGCGCCUGUGCGGCGCUGCGGGGGCAGGCGAUCACGGCCUCCGUGUGGAACGCGCUGCAGGAGCAGGGGUCCGGCGCCCGCGCCGCCGCACGGGAUGGCCGCGCCAGCGUGGCCCGCGGGCCGGCGUUCCACAUCAUGCCCUCGGACCGCAGGGGCGAAUUUGUGGACCUUCCUCAGGUCCGCUGCGUGCUUCACUUCGAGGUGCCCCGCCGCGAGCUGAGCCUCUACGGACUGCGGCUCAUGUGCCUGGAGCAGGGCGGCGAGGGGCGCGGGUCCCGGCACAAGGGCGGCACCGUCUCCGUUCUCUUCGUCGAGGAGGCAGGGGUAGUGAGGGAGCUGGAGAAGACGUUCGGCGUUCAGAUGCAGGAGGUGCCGACUGAGAUGCUCGUGAGCGGUAGGUUGUGAAGCCGGUAGGUCUUUUGCGACCCGUGUUUUGGGUGGCCCACCCUGACUCAGCAGAUCAGCGUUGUGCUUCAUCAUCAUUCCUCUCUUCGCUCUUCUCCUCCCCGUCGUCCACAUCACCCUGCCGUUCGACCCGCCGGACGGCUCGCCCCCCCCUGCCGGUCUCUUCCCAAAGUUUUUUAUCAUUCGUGCCGUUUUUUGAUGUUCCAUGUUGUCGGCCCGCGCCGCGCCCGCCUCUCCGCACCGUCAGCGGGCGCGGCGCCCGAUGCCUGGCUCCGACCCCUGCUGCCCGACUGGCGGCCUCCCGAAGCCCGGAGAUCGCCUCGAAGAGCAGGACAACAGCGCCUCCUCCUCCCCGCAAUCCCCCCGUCCGUCGCCCGCACUCCUCAUCCUCCCUUCUCCUCAUUUUCGCCCCUGCUCCUCCUUCCUGCCUCCGCCUUCUCGUCCUUCCUCUUCC